AUGCUAAUAUCAAAUACAACUCAAUCUAAAUCUCGGAAUUCUGUAACUCAUACUAUUCUUACUGGAUCUAAUUCAAUUAUCUAUUCUCUUCAUAAAUACAAAAGAAGCAGUCUAAAAAAUAAAAAUUGUAAUAAAAAUGAAGAUGAUUUUGUAUAAACAAAAUUAACUUAGUUAAGAAGAAAGAGUUGCUGUUGUAAUGAAUGUGGCUAAUUAAGUAAUUUUCAAUUUAAAUAAUUAAAUAACAAUGCAUCAAUUAGAUAAAACAAUAUUUAUAUGAAUACUACCUCUAUUUGCUAAUCGGUGAAAUUAAUGUAAUUUUCAAUUAUAUAUUUUUAAAGUAACUCAUCUCAUAGAUAAUCUGUAUUAUUUUAAAGACAUCAUUCAAGAAUGAAUACCUAUGGAGAAACUCAGCUCUCCCAAGUUUAUAAUUUGUCUCCAACAAGGCUGAGUCCUAUAAAACCUAAAUAGGAUUCUUAAAACAAAUUAAGAUACUAUCUCUAAAAUAAGACAAUAUAACAAACUAAGAGAAAUAGAUAGUUUUAACUUAAUUUAAUUACUGUUCAUUAAUGUCAUAAAGAUUAAGAAUAAUAAUUAAUAAAUAAAGUAGUUGUUAAAAGUCCUCUUACAUAAAGGAAAUCUAAACCUGAUGUAAGACCAUACUUAAGUCAUUUAAAAUUAAAACCAAUUUGCACUAAAAAUUAAGUUACUCACUUUGAAAUCUGA